AUGCAGCUUCGAUCCAUUCCUCUCCUCAUCGCAGGAGCUCUGCUUCCUGUGACUCACGCUGCCCUUCGCCAGCAUACUCUCGAGCUCACCUAUAGCACAAACAACGCCGAUGGCACCAUCCGCGAGUCCUGGCUCAUCAACGGCCAGACUCCGGGUCCUCAUCUGGUCUGGGACGAGGGCGACGACAUCUCCGUCAAGGUCAUCAACAAAGGUCAUGAGCCUGUCACCAUGCACUGGCACGGUAUUGAGCAAGUUGGCUCUCUGUGGUCCGAUGGAGUUCCAGGACUCACCCAGUGGCCGAUCCCGGUCCAGGGCGACUUUGUCUACAACUUUACCGUCAAGCAAGCUGGCUUCCACUGGUACCACUCUCACUACAAAAUGCAACUCGACGACGGUCUCAAAGGCACGAUCUACAUUCGCCCGAGACCCAACAAGCCCAAGCCUUUCAGCCAGAUCUCGACUAAUGCGGCUGUGCUCGAGAAGCUCAAGCAGGCCGAGAACAACGCCCUUCUGCUCAACGUAUACGACUACAAGCACUACACCUCGGAACACUGGAUGGCAGAGUGGGAGCGCACGGACAUCGAGCAGCUCUGCAUCGACAACCUUCUGACCAACGGAAAGGGACCUGUGAUAUGCCCGGACAUGAACGAGCUCAACGCCGUCGCCAAUGCUCAGCAGAAGCCGCUGACCAAGAAAGGAUGCAUGCAACCCAGCAGCAAGCUGAUGUACCCGUACCCUGGAUCCAAGCCUGACAUAGUCGAGCCUGCGAUGUGGACAGAGUGCACAAACUCGAACACAACCUUCGAGGUGUUCUCUGCCAAGCAGUCCGACGGAUGGGUCGCCUUCAACCUUCUUAACAGCGGUGCGCUGUGGGACUUACGUGUCUCCAUCGACUCCCACAAGCUCUACUUCUUCGCUGCUGACGGUCACUACACCAAGAUCCAGACAGCAACAUCCCUCCUCAUCCCUGUCGGCGAGCGCUACCAGUUCUUCGUCAAGCUCGACCAGACCCCCGGCGACUACCGCAUCCGCGCUGCUGCUGUCGUUCUUCCUCAGCUCAUCACAGGCUUCUCCAUCCUUCGCUACUCUGACAAGACCGGCACUGGGCUUGUGCAGGCAAAGACUCUGCCCCCGGCCAAGAAGCCUUGGAUCGACUAUGCUGGCAACCUCAUCAACGGCGGAACUGACCUUGUCAUGGCCAACCUCGCUCCGUUCCCUGACUUACCACCUCCUCAAGGCAACGCUGAUGUCACCAUCCCGCUGAACGUCACCCGCACCGGCGAGUUCGGAUGGGUGCUCAACGGCAAGUCGUGGGUGCCGCCUCCGGACAACUUCACCCCUCUGCUGUUCCAGCCCAGCCAGUUUGCAUCGCUCGACAAGUACACAUACUUCUCGUACAAGAACGGAUCGGUCGUCGACCUGAUCUUCACCGUCACUGCCGGCAACCCUGCGAUACACCCUCCUCACCCGAUGCACAAGCACGGUGUCAAGGCGUGGCUGCUCGGCUCGGGUGACGGUGUGUUCCCUUAUGCGAGCAUCAAGGCCGCUGUGGAUGCAGGAUACAAGGGUAUCAACAUGAAGAACCCGCCGUACAGGGAUGACUUUGUUACUCCCGUCGCAAUCACUGGACAGUCGUGGGUCGCUGUCCGUUUCCGUGCUGUUGACCCUGGUCCAAUUGCGCUGCACUGCCAUAUCGAUGCUCACUUGGCUACGGGAAUGGUCAUUGUUCUGCUGGAGGGACCUGAGAAGCUUACGAGCAACUAUGUUCCAAGCUACUACCUGACAAAGAACAAGCCUUGA